AAAAAUAAUAAUAUGCCUUAUGUUAACGAAUAUUUACAGCAAGGAUUUAAUAUUUUCAAAAGAUCAUUUCGAAACCAGUUGGUUUAUCCUACUCAACGAGUGCUGGUUUACAACGAGCGAUGUCGAAGAAUCGGAGGAGGAUUUGUUUAUCUAAAGCAAAUGUAUGACAGCCUUAAAGCAAUGGCAGAUGAUUGUAAUGUUGCGAUGUUUCCGCUUAUUCCGGAUGAGACGAUCAGAGGUUAUCUUAAAUAA